GAUUCGUCAUCAGAGCCAAUUUGCGACGUCAAUAUCGAUUUCGGUGAAAAUGUGAUAAUUGCAUAUGGUCCAUGGGCUGAAGCUUGUCGCGUGGCUUUCGUUAGCUAUUUCUUUCCAACCGAUUACGCUAACGCUGUUCCAACGAAAUUGCCUGCGUCUGAUGAGCGGAAAAUACCAUUAAUGAUGAAAAUAACACUUACGAUGCAGGGUAGGACAACGAUAAAUUUUUGGUUUAUGCGGCGUGACGAGCUUAGCGCUAUUGCUGCGAUUAUCAAAAAUGGUUUCUCAAUAACGGUAUCUAAGAACUAG